AUGGCUUUCCCAGAUCGUAAUCAUCGAUAUCUUAAUGGAUACUUCAAUCGUGAUAACACAGAGUACGAAAAUGAUCAAUUUGUUUACUCACAAGCCACCCAAGAACAACCUCCCACUCAAAUCAACACCGAUGAUCAAAUCUGGUUACCGAGUCCAUCACAAGCAGAACCUAUACCAGAAGAAGAAGAAGAAACUCCAUGGGCCACUUUACACGAUUUAACUCGACAUGUACCUAAGAAAGCUCUUAUGCCUGGUGUUAACUUAUUGUGUAUCGGAAGAGAGAAGAAUCGUGAUUUACCUAAAAGUCGUUGUAAACAGGAUUUGGUCAUUAAAACUGAUCAUCAAAACGCAUGUCAACUUUCGAGAAAACAUUGUAUCAUUCAAAGAAAAGGUGUGAACGAUGAAGAUUUAGAUUCCCAAACCAAGCAUGGAGGUGAAGACUUUAUACGACAAAUGACGAAAAAAGCCAAGAUGCCUCAUAAUGGACAAAAUACUAGUGAGGUUAUAUCCAUACGAGAUUUGAGCUCGAACGGUACUUUUAUCAAUGGUAAGAAAUGUGAACCCAAUAAAUGGACUAAGCUAGACCAUGGUGAUCAUAUCGCACUGGGCUCAAUCACGGGUCAGAAUGAUAAACCAAGUAGAACAUUUGAAUGGAUGAUUUCCAUUCCAUCUCAGCGUAAAUUUCCUAUGAAUAAAAAACCUGCUGCCCACAGUCUCAUCGGGCAAAAGGUAUACGACCGAUAUGAUCUCAUUUCACCUUUGGGCCAUGGAGCUUUUGCUACAACUUGGAAAGCAUUCGAUCGUGAGAGUGGUGAAUUUAGAGCCAUUAAAGUUAUUCAGAAGAAAGAUCAUGAACACAACACACAAAACCUUGUAAAUUUUCAAAGAGAAAUCGAAAUAUUAGAAAAAGUAGACCAUCCAAACAUAGUGAAAUUUUUCGAAUCCUUUGAAGAUGAAGAAUUCAUAUGGAUCGUCUUAGAAUUAGUAGACGGUGGUGAAUACUUGGAUUAUGUUUGUAAUUCAAAUGGAUUGGAUGAAGAAUCAUGUCGAAUUAUCACAGCUAUGUUACUACAAGCAUUAGCUUAUCUUGCUGCAUUGAAUAUUGCACAUCGUGAUCUUAAACCUGAAAACAUCUUGAUGACUUCUGGUGCUAAUCCAAGGCCGAAGAUUGCUGAUUUCGGGUUAGCUAAACAAUUAACUAAACCUAAUGCCAGAUUUAAGACUCAGUGUGGAACCCCUGCAUAUUUAGCUCCAGAGAUCGUAGUCCCAGCUUUGAAUAAUAAAAAGAAAGGUUAUACAGUGGCAGUUGAUAUGUAUUCUUUAGGAGUGAUUGUUUAUGCUGCUUUAGGAAACUGUUCACCUUUCGAAGGACAAGAACAAAGAGGCGAUAUAAGGCAAAUCUGUAAAGAAAGAAAAGUAGAUACAUCUGUUUUAUCUGAAUUGAAACCCAACAUUAGUGAAGCUGCACUUGAAUUCAUUACACGACUUACGAUACCUAUUGCAGAAGAAAGGAUGAGUGCAAACGAAGCUUUAGAACAUAGAUGGAUUAGAGAAUCAGUCAUAGAAUGGCCACAGAAAGCUUGUCAAUUACCAUCCAAUCCUACAUUAAGUUCUUCACCACCUGAAGAAGAAACGAUUUUAGCCAAGUCUACUAAACCGGUUCGACAAAAGAUCAACGAAGAUGAAAGUUUUGAAUAUCAAGCCAAUGAUCCAACUGAAAAUUAUGAUUAUCCUAGAUUAAGUGAAUGGCAAGAAGGAGUUACAUCUGAUUUCGAUUGGCCAAAUCAACUUGAUCUUAUAGAUGGAAUAUCUAAAAGAAGAAGCCCUACUAGUAUUUCUCCAUAUAACUCGGUUCAAACUCAUGAAGAUCAAAAGGUUGAUGUGAUUAAUGAGAUGUGUUCUCAAAAACUUGAUUUGUUGAAAGAGAGAUCUAUGUGGAAUUGGUCUAAUGAUUGGUUUUGGUUAGGUAAAAUGAGAUUAGAAACUCAAUGUUCUUCUGAGAAGAAUAGUACAGAAGAUCUUCCAGUUGUUCCAACUUCCGCACCACCUUCUUGUAGUAAUACGAGAUCAGAAUCAAAUGUUUCAAUUCCAGUCUCACCAAAUGAAUCCCUGAUUGAUAAACAAUUACAUCAAAUCCAUUCACACUUUAAUCCAAAAGGAUUUACAAGUUCCAAACGAAAAUUAAGACAAUGGUCUACUUCACCCAGAUUGAUAUCCAAGCCAAUUGCAAAAGAUGAUCAAAUACCGGCUAAAAUGAAAUUAUUUAAAGAAGUUAGCAAAGAAUCGAAAAAAGAAGAGAUCCAUCAAACCAAAGAAACCGAUUUGAUGAAAGUCAAAGGGAUUGAAAAGGUUUUGAAACCUUUAAAUCGAAUCACUUCUAAUAAAAACCUUUUGGUCACUAAACCUUCUUAUCAUCUUCAAGAGAAUCCAAUGGUUUUUAAACCUAAAGGCACUGGUAUUGGAAAUGGAAAUGGAAAGGAAUUAGAAACAACUGAAGAUUUACCUAAAAAGAAACGUAAUCGUCAAAAUUAA